GCUCUCCGCAUGUGGAUGGUCUCCUUGUGUGUCUAUUUCGGAGCACGUGUCUGUUUCGUCGCUCCCCGCUUUCCCCUCACGCUUCUCCCUCUCUCCCCUCCUGCCCGCAGUCCAAGAAAAGGCACCGGGGAAGAGCUCGGAGGAGAUGCCCCCCUCGUCGUCGUCGUGGCGGCGGCGGCGUCAGGGGGACGGAAAUCCUCUUCGCGACCCCGAGAGAGAGGGGGAGCCGUCUCCUUCCCCCCUUGGGCAACGCACCUCUUAAGCCCCGAGCGCACACAGCUACCUACAAAGGCACGUUACAGCGCCUUGACCAGAAGGCUGUGCUGCCGCCGCCGCCGCCGCCGCCGCUCCUCGCACGCACACGGAUCGCACGCUGCCGCCGCCGCCGCCGCGCUUUACACACAUCCAAGGAUUAGCCGCCGCCUCUCCUCCUUCUCCCUCGCAUCCCUCCCACACGGUGUUUUGACUUCUGCCUUGUGUGCUUCUUGGCUCGCGUAUCGACUGCCUGCCUGCCUGCCUGCGUGCUUCUCAGCGGACAGACCUCCUUCAGAAAAAAAAGGGCCAUAUUUCUGAGGAUUUCAAAAGGCUCUAAAUUAUCUUCAUGGAUACAAGCAAGUAGACAAUGGCGCUCUAACCAUCUGUUCAAGCUUCUUGAGGAAAAUGUCUGCCGUGGAAACAUCAUGAAAAAAAUCUGUGUGAGGAAGCAAUGUAUGAAGGCUCCUGUAACCACCAUAUCUUAAAAAUAAUUCCUAAGUGACUCAUUAUGCUCUGCCUUCCAUCAGAACAGCCAAGAAUGAAACAUCACAAGUGACAUUCUGCACUGAGAACUGCACACCAUUUUCAUCUCCUAAACACGCAACAAGUGACAAUGGAAAACUGACUACUGGAGAUUCAUCUUGUGCUGGAGAACAUUCUUCGGUUCAAACAAUUGAGAAGAUUAUUUUAAACCCAUUGGAACAGAAGUCGGUGUAUUGACCUCUACAGAUUGCUACAAAUGGCAGGUCUUUCAUGAUGAUCUUUGAGUAACAUAAGCAUAUUCAGAUGACUCUGGGAAAUUUUUCACUUCAAUGAUGAAAGGAUUAUCUAGCAGCCGCAGCCACCAUCAUGGGGUUGCCUGUGAACCAGCAUGUGACUCUCUGGUACAUCACUCUGACAGGAAGCCAUAUUUGUUAAAUCCUGUGGAACAUCAUCCUGCAGAUCACUCUUACUACACUCAGAGGAACUCUUUUCAGGGAGAAUGCGUGGUUCCCUACAACGAUCAGAUUGCUAGCAGCACGUUCCCUCGGAGACAUUACAAUUCCCAUAACGAGCUUAAAGAUGAGUGUGCUUUGGUGCCUCACGGAACAGCCGGUAAAAGUAAUCGCAUUCCUGCCAAUCUUUUGGACCAGUUUGAAAGGCAGCUUCCUCUAAAUCGAGAUGGCUACCAUACUUUACAGUACAAAAGGACUGCUGUAGAACAUCGUAGCGAUAGUCCAGGGAGGAUCCGUCAUUUGGUUCACUCUGUUCAAAAGCUCUUCACAAAGUCUCAUUCUCUCGAAGGCCCAUCAAAAGGAAGCAUCAAUGGAGGCAAAUCAAGCCCAGAGGAGACACAGACUAUGAGGUAUGGCAAACGUAGCAAGAGCAAAGACCGGCGGUCAGAAGGAAAAUCCAGGUCAAAUGCUUCAGGAUGGUGGAGCUCGGAUGACAACCUAGACAAUGAUGUUUGCAUUUACCAUGGACCAAGUGGGGUUAUGACUAUGGGGAGGUGCCCUGACCGUUCUGCUUCUCAGUACUUUAUGGAAGCCUACAACACUCUCAGUGAACAUGCGGUGAAGCCUUCCAGAAGCAAUAAUGAUGUCAAAUGUUCCACUUGUGCAAACCUGCCAGUAAAUCUGGAUGCUCAGUUAAUGAAAAAAAGCUCUUGGUCCUCUACGCUGACGGUGAGCAGAGCCCGUGAGGUUUACCAAAAGGCUUCCAUGAACAUGGACCAGACAGUGGUGAAAUCAGAGACUUGUCAACAAGAGCGGUCUUGCCAGUAUCUUCAGGUUCCUCAAGAUGAAUGGUCUGGGUAUACUCCACAUGGCAAAGAUGAUGAGAUCCCAUGCCGGCGAAUGCGUAGUGGCAGUUAUAUCAAAGCCAUGGGGGAUGAAGACAGUGGGGACUCGGACACGAGCCCAAAGCCAUCUCCAAAGAUUGCUGCACGAAGGGAGAGUUAUCUCAAGGCCACCCAGCCAUCGCUUACAGAACUCACCACUCUCAAGAUAUCUAGUGAACAUUCUCCAAAGCUUCAGAUCCGAAGCCACAGUUACUUGAGGGCAGUGAGCGAAGUUUCAAUCAAUAGGAGUUUGGAUAGCCUGGACCCUGCAGCUCUGCUUACUUCUCCCAAAUUUCGUUCCCGGAAUGAGAGCUACAUGAGGGCCAUGAGCACUAUUAGUCAGGUGAGUGAGAUGGAAGUAAAUGGUCAGUUUGAAUCAGUCUGCGAGUCUGUAUUCAGUGAGCUAGAGUCUCAAGCAGUAGAGGCCCUGGAUCUGCCAAUGCCAGGCUGCUUCCGCAUGAGGAGCCACAGCUACGUGAGAGCCAUCGAAAAGGGCUGUUCCCAAGAUGAUGAAUGUUUGUCACUGAGGUCCUCGUCCCCCCCACGCACAACCACCACUGUGAGGACCAUCCAAAGCAGCACUGUUUCCUCUUGCAUUACCACUUAUAAGAAGACGCCACCUCCAGUUCCACCAAGAACCUCCACCAAACCUUUUAUCUCCAUCACAGCCCAGAGCAGCACGGAAUCUGCUCAAGACGCCUACAUGGACGGACAUGGGCAAAGGGGAGAUAUUAUCAGUCAGUCGGGACUUAGCAACUCUACAGAAAGCUUGGACAGUAUGAAGGCACUGACAGCUGCUAUUGAAGCAGCUAACGCACAGAUCCAUGGCCCUGCCAGCCAGCAUAUGGGCAACAACACUACUACUGUCACCACCACCACCACUGUUGCCACUGUUACUGCAGAUGACAGAAAGAGAGAUCAUUUCAAGAAAAACAGAUGUCUAUCGAUUGGAAUACAGGUUGAUGGAGAGGAAUCUUCUAGCUCAAGCGAAAACAGAGCAAGCAGUAAGUUCCAAUCCAUAGGUGUUCAAGUAGAGGAGGAGAAGUGUUUCCGCAGGUUCACGAGGUCAAACAGUGUUACAGCAGCCGUUCAAGCAGACAUGGAUUUCCAUGAGAACUUUGAAAUGUCUAUGGACCCUCAAGAAGAUAGUUAUCCUGGGCAAAUAUCAAGACAGUACUCUCGAGAUGCCAGCACUUCCACUGUAAGCAUACAGGGCUCUGGAAACCAUUAUCAUGCGUGUGCAGUGGACGAUGACUUUGAUGGAGAUUUUGAUCCUUCCAUUUUACCUCCUCCGGAUCCCUGGAUUGACUCUAUAACGGAAGAUCCAAUUGAAGCUGUUCAAAGGUCAGUGUGUCACAGAGAUGGACACUGGUUCUUGAAGCUUCUUCAAGCAGAGAGAGAGCGUAUGGAAGGUUGGUGCCAACAGAUGGAGAGAGAAGAACAAGAAAAUCACCUGCCUGAAGAAAUUUUAGGUAAAAUUCAAGCAGCAGUUGGCAGUGCACAGCUUCUCAUGGCUCAGAAAUUUUAUCAGUUCAGAGAACUGUGUGAAGAAAAUCUGAAUCCCAAUGCUCAUCCGAGACCAGCCUCCCAGGAUUUAGCAGGGUUUUGGGAUAUGCUGCAGUUGUCCAUAGAAAAUAUUAGUAUGAAAUUUGAUGAACUUCAUCAGUUAAAGGCCAAUAAUUGGAAACAGAUGGAUCCACAUGACAAGAAGGAGAGAAGGGCCCCUCCUCCAGUGCCAAAGAAGCCAUCGAAAGGUCAGGUGCCACUCAUACGGGAACGCUCUUUGGAGAGCUCACAGCGUCAGGAGGCCCGGAAACGGCUGAUGGCUGCCAAACGAGCUGCGUCUGUCCGUCAGAACUCAGCCACUGAAAGCGCCGAAAGCAUUGAGAUUUACAUCCCCGAAGCCCAGACCAGGCUAUGAAGGGAUCCAACCAAGAGGACUCUUAAUGGCAAGGAACAUCUCUUGUAUAAUCUGCCCUCCUAGGUCCAUGCUCAGAGACACCAAUAAGUAUUUGUAUCCCCCUCUCCCUUUAUCUCUCUCUUCUCUCCCAAUGAAGUAACACUUCUGUGGCGUAGUUGUCAAUCCUCCAAGAGAUUUUUCGCUAAUUCCCCUUGCUUUCUAAAGGUUUGCCCAUGUCAGCCUAACGCUUUGUCACAUGUACUGAUGCUACCACCUUGCCUCAUGUAAAGAAUCCCACAGACACACAGUUGAAAUCACACACAUACACAACAAGCAUACAUGCACACACCUCUGUACAGUAGAGACACAAAUGAAUUCAUUCUUGGUCCUUAAAGGUAGUCUGUUAUCUAGUGUACAGCAAUAUUCAGUUAUACAGUAUUUUGGAAAUUCAGUAUUGCAGGGUAAACCUUUAGGAUUCUGUUGUCUUCCUAAUUAAUGAUGAAAGCAGAUCUAGCUCAGAAUCCCUUCUUGCUAUUACCAUUAUUAUUACUAUUAUUAUUUUAAAAAGAUGGCACGCAUUAUUUCAUUCCUAAGAAAUCAUACCUUCUCACCUGACUGAUCAGAAGGAGCUGGAGAGGUAGGUGUGCUGCAGUAAAAGUUGAAGUUAACCUUUCAGAUGAAAUGUAAGAGACCUGCAGCUGCACAAACUGCCACAUUUUUAUUUCCUCGGUGUUGCUUUAGAAUCCUUUUUUGAUCAGCAGAAGACUGUAAAAUCAAUCUUCCAAGGAAAUAAUCUGGGGGUUAUUUAAGACAAUAAAAUGGAAACUUGGAUGCAAAGAUGGGUGGAGGUUAAAUUUAAAAAAUCUUAAAAUCAUAUUGUCUAAUAAACUAGUAAGAUUUUUUAUGAUGUACUAUAUUGCCAAUUCCUAUGGUAAUAUAUGAAUUAUAUCAGGUUAUAAAAGGGGAGCAAAAAUAGCCUUGGCUUUGUUGAUGUCCAAGCCUUGUCAAGACUUUCAGAUCUUGCACAUAUACACACACAGACAUUUGCUGUUGAAAUGCUGUAAAUCAGUGUUCUUUAACCUUUGGUCCCCAGAUUGUGUUGGGCUACAACUCUCAUAAUCCCCAUUUAGCUUAGCCCAAUGGUCAGGGACGAUGGGCAUUAUAGUCUAACAGCACCUGGGGGCCCAAAGCUGAAAACACUGCUGUAAAUGAAAUUUGUAUUUGUAUGCUACGAAUCUAACUGCUUACAUCAGUUUCUUCUUUCAAAUAGAAAAUACUUAAAUUCUGAAAAAUCAAGGAAUUGUUGCAACACAUCAGAUGGUGAACAUCUCUUUAUCUGUGGAGCAUUCUUUUAAGAAUGUGAUCCACUCUUAAUUGUAGGCAUUUUGGAAUCAAGGCUAGAAAGCAAUUCCCAGAAACGGAACCAGGGUGCAGUGGGAACAACAGUGACCAUGCCACUACCAACCAUCAUGCUGGCAGAGAGCAUGAAGACCUGCCAGGCACCACAAUGUUUUAAGGCUAGCAUCCAAUAUCCUACUAGGAGGAGUGGUGAAAACCAGAUACGAUAUGAGUCCUGGCCAUAAGGCAUUAUAGAGCUAGCAGAUUAUGCCCUUGUGGAGCUGGUGUGUUCAGAUCUAUUGACUCAAGUCAGUAGAACAUGGAUCUAGCCUGUACAUAGUGCUCUCCCAUGUGCCACGCUAAGAAUCCUGGCCCAUUUGGUCUUUGGAGCAUCUUCCUUGGCACCCAUACUGAACAUGACCGUUAGUGGCCCUCACUUGUCACAAAAUCAGGAGAGUUCUGCAUUCUGCAAAUAAGAGAUGGUAUGGUAACAAAGUACCCCGAUUGACUUGAUAAUCUGCACUCUGUAUCUUACCAGAGUUGGCGUUCAGUGCCCUUACUGUUAACACAAUCCAACUGUGGAAUCCUUGACUGCAUGGUUGACAUAACUGUAUAGUUCACAUUUCAAAACAUCAGAAUUUGCAUUGGAAAAAAAGUUUUUUGAAAAUAUACAUGAUCCUAUCAGGACGUGUCACAUUACACAGUGCUUUAAUUUUAUUCAAGAAUUUGGGAGAGGUAAUAGGUUCGGGCAAGGAAAACUUUCAUAAAACAUUUAUAAAGCCACUAGAGAAUUUGCUACCUCUCAAAGCCAUUGAUAUAUCCAAGCUAUAUGUUUAUAAACAAGGCACAAAAUAUCACUGCUAUAUUUUACAAGUAAAGGGCUAAUAAUUCAAUAUUUUAAAGACUUUAAACAGUAUGAUAAAAAAAAUCCAGUGUAACUCAUCACAGGAACCGAUCGUGGAAAGUCUGACUUGCACGGAUUUCAAUCACAUUGUAUUUGCUAGGAUAAAUUUUAUUUUAUCUGAACAACACUUUUCUCUAAAACUAUAGUAGCAAUGAAGGCUCACACACUGUUUCAGUCUACAUAGUGCCAAUUGCCACCUUUAAAUAUAUGGCCAUGCUCUCUGUUUAAAAGAUUUGAGGACUCUUUGUAUGAACGUGUACACACAACAGCACCCAAAGAAAAGGCCAUUUCCACAGCGACAUUUCUGUUUAUUUGAACCCAUGAAACAGGAAUUAAGACUGGUUGACAAGCAGCUUGAAAAUAAUUCUAAUUGAAACGAUGCAAUAAAUCUGGUAUUUUCAUCUGCUAUGAACAUACACUCAGAACUUUCUAGUAAAAUUCAAUUAUUUUCCUUGGGUUUACACCUAGGUAAAUAUGUUGAAUAUCAGUGCCAGAACUUUUUAUUCUAGAAUAGUUGUAUUUAUACAUCAUAAUUUUGGUAUGAAAUAUAAAAGAAUCUGUUAGCAUGAUGCCUGGUCGUUCAUAUUAUAUGGGUUCUAUGUGUGGAUGGAAAAAUAACUUCUACCUAGUUUUUCAGCAAAACUCAGCUGGCAUCCAAAUUCUGAACGCUUGCAUAGAACAUGAGGAUGUUGUGAGCGUGUGAGAGCACAGUGGGCAGUAACCCAAUCCUGACAAUGUAUUUCAAGUCUAUGAUCAGGCUACCUGCUAGAAAGUGAAGUUAUAUUUACUAUGGUUGCCACACGUUGAUUACAGAGCACCAUAAACCAGAAGAAAAAAAAGUUAAUGUGCAGUGAUAACAUUUACAAUGCAAUCCUAUGCAGCAUCCUUACUAAGAAGUAUGUCUCAUUAAGCUCAAUGGGGUUUUACUUUUGGGUAGAUGUUAUAGCAGGUGUGGAGAACCUUUGGCCUUCUAGGUGUUGCUGAACUACCACUCCCAUUAUCCUUGGCUAUUGGCCAUGCUUGCUGGGGCUGGUGGGAAUUGUGGUUAAGCAACACCUGGGAAGGGAGAGCAAAGGUUUCCCAGACCUGCAUUAUAGGAUUAUGCUGUUAGGACACAAUCCAGCCAAUGUUAAGCAUUUUCAAGUCCCAUUCAUUUCAACGGGAAAAUUAAGCAUGUUUUCAAAUUUCUGCCACUGAAAUUAAUGGAAUUUAAAAGUGCUUAAUUUUGUCCGGAUCAGUGCUUCCUAUUCUAAUUUUAUUUGGAUGUGCUGGCUUUCUUUUUGUUUUUUAAGUCCAAAUCUGUGAGGAAACUGUUCUUCCCAGAAUUUCUUUGAUUUUAAAUUACAAGAUUGUUGGGCAUAUUGUGGCUGCUUGGAUAUGAACAAAAAUGGCUUCCUACAUCAAAAGUUGAAAAGUAUUUAUUAUAUUUUUUUGCAGAUGUUUCCAUAAAAUACUGUUAAUCUUUUUGUAAUGACCAAUGAGAAAAUGGAUUAAACAUUUUAAUAGUGAAAAGGAAAAUGGUAAUAAGUUAUUUGUAAUAUAUUUCAGUUUAUUUAUUGGGUGCUCCAUUAGGGUUUUGGUGUGCACUAUCACUUUAAUUUAAACUUUGUAUUUGUGAACUUACUGUUUGAUUUUUUUCCUAAUUUAUAAUGCAUAUUUAAACCAGAAUGUAAAUCACUGACAUAUGUGCAUUCUAUCUACAUUCCCAAUCAUGAUAAUCAUCAGUAUGUUUUCGAUUUGGAAAAAAAGUGGUACAACUUGCAAAGCCUCUAGAUGGAGAGAUGGAGAGCAUUGUGUGGUUUUAUGAAUUGGGUUUUCAUAAGAUUAUCUACUUAUCUGGUGUGUGGACAAGAAAAAAAAAUGUAAAUAGAUUAAUGUUUCCCAUAAUGUAAAAAAGAGCAAAUUAAUAAAAUAAAUAAUGCACUG